GGGAGCAAACCAUUUCCCUGGGAGAAGCUCAGAGCCUUGGCUGCUUUUCCCUCCCUAGGAGGCUUCGCAGGAGAGGAGCGCAGGGAUCAAAGCCGCUUUGCUGAGAGCUGCUAAUUCCAGCUGGCUGGCAGCGCAGCGCGUCCCGGGCGCCUGGCUGGUCUGAAACCCCAAGUCCCUUCAGAACAGCGUGGAGUUACUUUCCCUUCAAGGAGACUGAAACAAUCGUGAUUGGUGGCGUCCCGGUUCGCGGGGUGUCUUCCUGCUGUGCCCACCGCCUCUUCCCAAGCGGCAGAGGUGAUCCGUGUGCACGGCGAGGGCGCGCGGCGGCCGCGGUGCUGAGCGGUGGGCUCCCCCGCGCGUCCUCUGCCCCCCGCGCGUGAUGUAAGACCAGACGUACCCUGCGCGGAGAAGUCCAGACACGCGGCGGCUCGCUCGCGCUCACUCGCUCCCCGCACGGCACGCGCGCAUCCCUGCACCUUCCGCGUCCUGCUCCCGGCGGGCGAGGCGGACUCGCUGGACCCGCCGAGCCCAAGGAUUCGCGGCGACGUUUGCAGAUGACCGCGCUCCACGCCGGGCCCCCAGCGCGGGCCAGCGCCACGGGGCCGCGGGCGCCGCCGAGCAGCCUGCAGCGCGGGCUCCCUGCGCGGGCGGCCAGGAUGUCCGAGUUCCUGCUCGCCCUGCUCAGCCUCUCGGGAUUACUGCCCAUCGCCAAGGUGCUGACCGCGGGAGCCGGCCGAGAUCAGCAGUUGUGUGAUCCUGGUGAAUUUCUUUGCCACGAUCAUGUGACUUGUGUCUCCCAGAGCUGGCUGUGCGAUGGGGACCCUGACUGCCCUGAUGAUUCAGACGAAUCUUUAGAUAUCUGUCCUGAGGAGGUAGAAAUCAAGUGUUCCUUGAAUCAUAUUGCUUGCCUUGGUACCAGCAAAUGUGUCCAUUUAUCCCAGCUGUGUAAUGGUGUCUUCGAUUGCUCAGAUGGUUAUGAUGAAGGAGCACACUGUCGUGAAUUGAUACCCAAUUGCCAGCAGAUGAAUUGUCAGUAUAAAUGUGCAAUUGUCAGAAAUAGUACAAGAUGCUACUGUGAGGAUGGCUUCGAAGUAAAAGAAGACGGGAGAGGCUGUAAAGAUCAAGAUGAGUGUGCCGUUUAUGGCACAUGCAGCCAGACCUGUGUGAAUACACACGGCUCCUAUGUCUGUGGAUGCGUCGAAGGCUACGUCAUGCAGCCCAACAACAGGACUUGCAAGGCCAAAAUCGAACCUACAGAUAGCCCACCUAUGUUAUUAACUGCAAAUUCUGAAACCAUUGAGAUUUUCUACCUUAAUGGAAGUAAAAUGGCAACUCUAAACUCAGCCAACAGAAAUGAAAUUCAUGGAUUGGAUUUUAUUUAUAAGGAGGAAACGAUUUGUUGGGUUGAAUCAAGAGACACUUCCAAUCAACUCAAAUGCAUUCAAAUAACAAAAACAGGAAGAUUAACAGAUGAAUGGACAAUCAAUAUUCUUCAGUCCUUCCACAAUGUGGAACAAAUGGCUAUUGACUGGCUCACCAGGAAUCUCUAUUUUGUGGAUCAUGUCAGUGACAGAAUCUUUGUUUGUAAUUUCAACGGAUCUGUAUGUGUCACCUUGAUUGAUCUGGACCUUCAUAACCCUAAGGCAAUAGCAGUAGACCCAAUUGCAGGAAAACUUUUCUUUACCGACUACGGGAAUGUUGCCAAAGUGGAAAGAUGUGACAUGGACGGCACGAACAGAACAAGGAUCGUGGAUUCAAAGGCAGAGCAGCCAUCUGCACUGGCAGUGGACCUCAUCAACAAACUGGUGUACUGGGUAGAUCUGUACUUGGAUUAUGUUGGCGUGGUGGACUAUCAAGGGAGGCACAGACACACUGUCAUUCAAGGCCGACAAAUCAGACAUCUUUACGGUAUAACUGUUUUCGAAGACUAUUUAUAUGCAACCAAUUCUGAUAACUUCAACAUCAUAAGAAUAAACAGAUUUAAUGGCACUGAUAUUCAUUCAUUAAUUAAAAUGGAAAGACCUCAAGGAAUUCGAAUAUAUCAAAAAAGAACUCAACCAACGGUCAGAAGCCAUGCAUGUGAAGUGGAUCCAUAUGGAAUGCCAGGGGGCUGUUCACACAUCUGUCUGCUCAGUGGCAGUUACAAAAUGCGGACCUGUCGCUGCAGGACUGGCUUCAACUUGGGGAGUGAUGGCAGGUCAUGCAAAAGACCAAAGAAUGAGUUGUUCCUCUUUUAUGGGAAAGGACGCCCAGGAAUUGUCAGAGGAAUGGACUUAAAUACCAAGAUAGCAGAUGAAUACAUGAUCCCCAUAGAAAAUCUAGUAAACCCUCGUGCUGUAGAUUUUCAUGCAGAAACCAGUUACAUCUACUUUGCUGAUACCACCAGUUUCCUAAUUGGCAGACAGAAGAUAGAUGGCACAGAGAGAGAAACAAUUCUGAAAGAUGAUUUAGAUAAUGUGGAAGGCAUUGCUGUAGACUGGAUUGGAAAUAACCUUUACUGGACAAAUGAUGGUCAUAGGAAAACCAUUAAUGUGGCCAGGCUGGAAAAAGCUUCUCAGAGUCGGAAGACUCUUUUAGAGGGAGAAAUGUCCCAUCCAAGAGGAAUUGUGGUGGAUCCAGUUAAUGGUUGGAUGUACUGGACAGACUGGGAGGAAGAUGAAAUAGAUGCCAGCGUGGGAAGGAUCGAGAAGGCUUGGAUGGAUGGCUUCAAUCGGCAGAUUUUCGUGACUUCGAAGAUGCUGUGGCCGAAUGGUUUAACUCUGGACUUCCACGCCAGCACACUGUACUGGUGUGAUGCCUAUUAUGAUCAUAUCGAGAAAGUGUUUUUGAAUGGCACGCACAGGAAGGUUGUUUAUAGUGGGAAAGAGUUGAACCACCCUUUUGGAUUGUCACAUCAUGGGAAUUACCUGUUCUGGACUGAUUAUAUGAAUGGUUCCAUUUUUCAACUGGAUUUGAUCAUGAGAGAAGUGACAUUACUGAGGCAUGAAAGACCGCCUUUGUUUGGGCUUCAGAUUUAUGAUCCGCGAAAGCAACAAGGUGACAAUAUGUGCAGAGUAAAUAAUGGAGGAUGUAGUACACUGUGCCUGGCUAUUCCUGCAGGUCGUGUGUGUGCAUGUGCUGACAAUCAACUUCUGGAUGAAAAUGGGACAACUUGCACAUUUAAUCCUGGAGAAAUACUGCCUCGCAUAUGUAAAGCUGGAGAAUUUCGCUGCAAAAAUAGACACUGCAUCCAAGCGCGGUGGAAAUGUGACGGAGACGAUGACUGCCUCGAUGGAAGUGAUGAGGACCCAAUCAACUGCUUCAAUCACAGCUGUCCUGAUGAUCAGUUUAAAUGCCAGAAUAAUCGCUGUAUCCCCAAGAAAUGGCUUUGCGAUGGAGCUAAUGACUGUGGGAGCAAUGAAGAUGAAUCUAAUGAAACUUGUUCAGCCAGAACCUGCCAGUCAGACCAGUUUGCUUGUGGAAAUGGCCGUUGCAUUCCUAGAGCAUGGCUGUGUGACAGGGAAGACGACUGUGGUGACCAGACGGACGAAAUGGCAACUUGUGGGCAGAAACAAGCAGAAAAACCUACAAAAAUUCCUACUCUGAGACAAAAAGAAUUCCCAACUUGUGAGCCACUGACUCAAUUUAUAUGCAAAAAUGGAAGAUGCAUUAGCAGCAAAUGGCACUGCGAUGCUGAUGACGACUGUGGAGACGGGAGCGAUGAAUUGGGCUGCGUUCACGCUUGCUUUGACAAUCAGUUCAGAUGUUCCAGUGGCAGAUGUAUCCCUGGACAUUGGACCUGUGAUGGUGACAAUGACUGUGGAGACUUCAGUGAUGAAACCCAAGCAAAUUGUACCAAAGAAGAGAUUCAGUCUCCUGCCGGUUGUAAUGGAAAUGAAUUUCAGUGCUAUCCUGAUGGAAACUGCAUCCCUGAUCUGUGGCACUGUGAUGGGGAAAAGGAUUGUGAAGAUGGUAGUGAUGAGAAGGGAUGCAAUGGUACCAUAAGACUGUGCGACUACAAAACCAAAUUUUCCUGUCGGAGUACAGGGAGAUGCAUCAACAAAGCGUGGGUAUGUGAUGGAGAUAUCGACUGUGAAGAUCAGUCAGAUGAAGAAGACUGUGACAGUUUCUUAUGUGGACCCCCAAAGUACCCUUGUGCUAAUGAUACUUCAGUCUGCCUGCAGCCAGAGAAACUCUGCAAUGGGAAGAGAGAUUGUCCUGAUGGGUCUGAUGAAGGCGAUCUCUGCGAUGAGUGUUCCCUGAACAACGGAGGCUGUAGCAACCAGUGUUCCGUUGUUCCUGGAAGAGGAAUCGUCUGUUCCUGCCCUAAAGGCCUUCAACUUAACAAGGACAAUAAGACAUGUGAAAUUGUGGAUUAUUGCAGCAGUCAUCUGAAGUGCAGUCAAGUAUGUGAGCAGCACAAGCAUACAGUCAAGUGCUCGUGUUACGAAGGCUGGAAGCUGGAUGCAGACGGCGAAAGCUGCACCAGUGUGGAUCCUUUUGAAGCAUUCAUCAUCUUUUCUAUUCGCCAUGAGAUCCGAAGGAUUGAUCUCCAUAAAAGAGACUACAGUCUACUGGUUCCUGGACUGAGAAAUACCAUCGCACUUGAUUUUCACUUCAAUCAAAGUUUGCUGUAUUGGACAGAUGUUGUAGAAGACAGAAUAUACCGGGGCAAACUUUCUGAAAGUGGAGGUGUCAGUGCAAUAGAGAUUGUCGUGGAGCACGGGCUGGCUACUCCAGAAGGUCUGACUGUAGACUGGAUAGCAGGCAACAUAUACUGGAUAGACAGUAAUCUGGACCAAAUCGAAGUGGCCAAACUGGAUGGUUCGCUAAGAACUACACUGAUAGCAGGAGCCAUGGAACACCCCAGGGCCAUUGCAUUGGACCCAAGAUUUGGAAUUCUUUUCUGGACAGACUGGGAUGCCAAUUUUCCUCGCAUAGAAUCAGCCUCCAUGAGUGGUGCUGGGAGAAAAACCAUCUACAAAGACAUGAAAACUGGGGCGUGGCCAAAUGGAUUAACUGUGGAUCACUUUGAAAAAAGGAUAGUUUGGACAGAUGCCAGGUCAGAUGCUAUUUACUCAGCCCUCUAUGAUGGGACAAACAUGAUAGAAAUCAUUCGAGGUCACGAGUACCUUUCCCACCCUUUUGCUGUGUCUCUGUAUGGGAGUGAGGUUUAUUGGACAGACUGGAGGACCAACACACUGUCAAAGGCCAAUAAGUGGAAUGGGCAGAAUGUCAGUGUGAUCCAGAAAACUAGCGCACAGCCAUUUGACCUGCAGAUUUACCAUCCUAGUCGUCAGCCACAGGCCCCCAACCCUUGUGCAGCCAAUGCUGGCAGAGGCCCCUGCUCGCACCUGUGCCUGAUCAAUCACAACCGGAGCGCCGCCUGCGCCUGCCCCCACCUGAUGAAGCUUUCCUCCGACAAGAGGACCUGCUAUGAAAUGAAAAAAUUUCUUCUUUAUGCAAGACGUUCUGAAAUCAGAGGAGUGGAUAUUGACAAUCCAUAUUUUAACUUUAUUACGGCCUUUACAGUCCCUGAUAUUGAUGAUGUUACCGUGAUAGACUUUGAUGCUUCCGAGGAACGUUUGUACUGGACAGAUAUUAAAACACAAACCAUCAAAAGGGCUUUUAUUAAUGGCACUGGUUUAGAAACCGUAAUUUCAAGAGAUAUUCAGAGUAUCCGAGGGCUAGCAGUGGACUGGGUCUCCCGUAAUUUAUACUGGAUUAGUUCUGAAUUUGAUGAAACCCAAAUUAAUGUGGCACGGUUAGACGGCUCUUUGAAAACCUCAAUUAUCCAUGGAAUCGAUAAGCCACAAUGCCUAGCAGCUCACCCAGUCAGGGGGAAACUCUACUGGACAGAUGGAAAUACAAUUAACAUGGCAAACAUGGAUGGGAGUAAUAGCAAGAUUCUUUUUCAGAAUCAAAAGGAACCAGUUGGUCUAUCAAUAGACUAUGUGGAAAACAAGCUUUAUUGGAUCAGUUCAGGAAAUGGAACCAUAAAUAGAUGCAACUUGGAUGGUGGUAAUUUGGAAGUAAUAGAGUCAAUGAAAGAAGAAUUAACAAAAGCUACGGCAUUAACUAUCAUGGAUAAGAAACUCUGGUGGGCAGACCAAAACUUAGCUCAGCUGGGAACCUGCAGCAAGAGAGAUGGGCGAAACCCUACGAUUCUGCGAAAUAAGACUUCCGGAGUGGUUCACAUGAAAGUGUAUGAUAAGGAAGCCCAGCAAGGCAGUAAUUCUUGUCACCUAAAUAAUGGUGGAUGCUCUCAGCUUUGUUUACCAACAUCUGAAAAUACAAGAACUUGCAUGUGUACAGUGGGGUAUUAUCUCCAAAAGAACCGCAUGUCCUGCCAAGGUAUAGAGUCAUUUCUUAUGUACUCUGUUCAUGAAGGAAUCAGGGGAAUACCUCUUGAACCAAGUGACAAAAUGGAUGCUUUGAUGCCUAUAUCAGGAACUUCAUUCGCUGUGGGAAUAGAUUUCCAUGCAGAAAAUGAUACCAUCUAUUGGACUGACAUGGGUUUCAAUAAAAUUAGUCGAGCUAAAAGAGAUCAGACUUGGAAAGAAGAUAUCAUUACCAAUGGCUUGGGAAGAGUGGAAGGGAUAGCCAUUGACUGGAUUGCUGGGAACAUAUAUUGGACUGAUCAUGGUUUCAACUUAAUUGAAGUUGCAAGACUCAAUGGCUCUUUCCGUUAUGUCGUUAUGUCCCAAGGCCUGGACCAGCCAAGAUCUAUAGCUGUGCACCCAGAGAAAGGUUUCCUGUUCUGGACUGAAUGGGGACAAAUGCCCCGCAUCGGGAAAUCUCGCCUAGAUGGCUCAGAGAAACUUGUCCUUGUGAGCACGGGAAUAGCGUGGCCCAACGGGAUCUCCAUCGACUAUGAGGAAAAUAAAUUGUACUGGUGUGAUGCGCGCACAGACAAGAUAGAAAGAAUUGACCUUGAGACUGGAAGCAAUCGCGAGAUGGUGCUGUCAGGGAGCAAUGUGGAUAUGUUUUCAGUUGCUGUCUUUGGGGCUUACAUCUACUGGUCUGACAGAGCCCAUGCCAAUGGGUCCAUCAGAAGGGGCCACAAGAACGAUGCCACGGAAAUGGUAACCAUGAGAACAGGACUUGGAGUCAACCUGAAGGAGAUUAAAAUCUUUAACCGAGUAAGAGAGAAAGGAACCAAUAUUUGUGCCAAGGACAAUGGUGGCUGUAAACAACUCUGUCUUUAUCGAGGAAACUCCCGGAGAACUUGUGCUUGUGCCCAUGGAUAUUUGGCAGAAGAUGGAGUUACUUGCCUAAGGCAUGAAGGCUAUUUACUGUAUUCAGGGAGAACAAUAUUAAAAAGUAUACAUCUUUCUGAUGAAACCAAUUUAAAUUCUCCAAUAAGGCCAUAUGGGAAUCCACAUUAUUUCAAGAAUGUCAUAGCCUUGGCUUUUGACUAUAAUCAAAGAAGAAAAGGGACCAACCGAAUCUUUUACAGUGAUGCACAUUUUGGAAAUAUACAGCUCAUUAAAGAUAACUGGGAAGACAGACAAGUAAUUGUUGAAAAUGUGGGCUCUGUGGAAGGACUGGCCUAUCACAGAGCCUGGGACACACUAUACUGGACCAGCUCCACCACUUCAUCCAUCACCAGACAUACAGUGGACCAGACCCGGCCUGGAGCAUUUGACAGAGAAGCAGUCAUCACUAUGUCAGAGGAUGACCACCCACACGUGCUGGCUUUGGAUGAAUGCCAAAACUUAAUGUUUUGGACCAACUGGAAUGAACAGCAUCCAAGUAUCAUGAGAUCUACCCUGACUGGGAAGAAUGCCCAAGUGGUGGUCAGUACAGACAUCCUUACUCCCAAUGGACUAACCAUUGACCACCGUGCAGAGAAACUAUAUUUCUCAGAUGGAAGUUUAGGAAAAAUUGAAAGGUGUGAAUAUGAUGGAUCCCAGAGACAUGUGAUUGUUAAAUCUGGGCCAGGAACGUUCCUUAGUCUGGCAGUUUAUGACAAUUACAUCUUCUGGUCGGACUGGGGAAGGAGAGCUAUCCUGCGUUCCAACAAAUAUACAGGAGGGGAUACAAAAAUUCUUCGUUCUGAUAUUCCACACCAGCCAAUUGGGAUCAUAGCUGUGGCCAAUGACACCAAUACUUGUGAACUUUCUCCAUGUGCAGUAUUGAAUGGAGGUUGCCAUGACCUCUGCCUUUUAACUCCUGAUGGGAGAGUAAAUUGUUCUUGCAGGGGAGACCGGAUAUUGCUAGAUGACAACAGAUGUGUGACUAAAAAUUCCUCUUGCAACAUUUAUUCAGAGUUUGAAUGUGGAAAUGGUGAGUGCAUUGACUAUCAGCUCACCUGUGAUGGUACCCCUCAUUGUAAGGAUAAAUCAGACGAAAAACUACUCUACUGUGAAAACAGAAGCUGUCGAAGAGGUUUUAAGCCAUGCCAUAAUCGUCGUUGCAUUCCUCAUGCCAAGUUAUGUGAUGGUGAAAAUGACUGCGGUGACAACUCUGAUGAAUUAGACUGUAAAGUUUCAACCUGUGCCACUGUUGAGUUCCACUGUGCAGAUGGAACUUGCAUUCCAAGAUCAGCACGAUGCAACCAGAACAUCGAUUGUGCAGAUGCUUCGGAUGAAAAGAACUGCAAUAACACAGAUUGCACACAUUUCUAUAAACUUGGAGUGAAAACUGAAGGAUUCAUAAAAUGUAAUUCUACCUCUCUGUGUGUUUUGCCAACCUGGAUAUGCGAUGGUUCUAAUGACUGUGGAGAUUAUUCAGAUGAAUUAAAGUGCCCAGUUCAAAACAAACACAAAUGUGAAGAAAAUUAUUUUGGUUGUCCUAGUGGAAGAUGCAUUUUGAAUACAUGGAUAUGUGACGGUCAGAAAGAUUGUGAGGAUGGACUUGAUGAGCUACACUGCGAUUCUUCUUGCUCUUGGAGUCAAUUUGCUUGUUCUGCUCAGAAAUGUAUUUCUAAGCACUGGGUUUGUGAUGGGGAAGAUGAUUGUGGAGAUGGACUAGAUGAAAGUGACAGCAUUUGUGGUGACAUCACCUGCGCUGCCGACAUGUUCAGCUGCCAGGGCUCCCACGCCUGUGUGCCGCGACACUGGCUCUGUGAUGGUGAGCGAGACUGUCCUGAUGGAAGUGAUGAACUCUCCACAGCAGGAUGCGCACCCAAUAAUACAUGUGAUGAAAAUGCUUUCAUGUGCCAUAAUAAAGUCUGCAUUCCCAAGCAGUUUGUUUGUGACCACGAUGAUGACUGUGGAGAUGGUUCCGAUGAGCUCCUAAAGUGUGGCUACCGACAGUGUAGUGCAGAAGAAUUCCGCUGUGCUGACGGGCGAUGUCUUUUAAAUACUCAGUGGCAAUGUGAUGGAGACUUUGACUGUCCUGAUCAUUCUGAUGAAGCACCUUUAAACCCAAAAUGUAAACAUGCAGAACAGUCAUGCAACAGUUCAUUUUUUAUGUGCAAAAAUGGCAGGUGCAUUCCCAGUGGAAAUCUCUGUGACAGUAAGGAUGACUGUGGAGAUGGCUCAGAUGAGAGAAACUGCCAUAUAAAUGAAUGUUUGAGUAAGAAAACCAGUGGAUGCUCUCAAGAUUGUCAAGAUCUUCCAGUGAGUUACAAGUGCAAAUGCUGGCCUGGAUUCCAAAUGAAGGAUGAUGGUAAAACAUGUGUAGACAUUGAUGAAUGCUCGUCAGGGUUUCCCUGUAGCCAGCACUGCAUCAAUACAUAUGGGACCUACAAGUGCCUUUGUACAGAUGGGUAUAAAAUACAACCUGAUAACCCAAAUGGCUGCAAAUCACUUUCAGAUGAAGAACCUUUUCUUAUUCUUGCUGAUCAUCAUGAGAUACGUAAAAUUAGCACUGAUGGUUCCAACUACACACUUUUAAAGCAGGGUCUAAAUAAUGUUAUUGCUAUAGAUUUUGACUACAGAGAAGAAUUCAUCUAUUGGAUUGAUUCUAGUAGACCUAAUGGAAGUCGCAUAAAUAGAAUGUAUUUAAAUGGAAGUGACAUUAAGGUAGUGCAUAAUACAGCUGUCCCCAAUGCACUUGCUGUUGAUUGGAUUGGAAAAAAUCUCUAUUGGUCUGACAUGGAAAAAAGGAUAAUUGAAGUUUCCAAAGUCAAUGGCUUAUAUCCUACCAUCCUUGUUAGCAAAAGGCUGAAGUUUCCCAGGGACCUGUCUUUAGAUCCUCGAGCUGGGUAUUUGUAUUGGAUUGACUGCUGUGAGUAUCCUCACAUUGGCCGUGUUGGCAUGGAUGGAACCAAUCAGAGUGUUGUCAUAGAAACCAAGAUUUCUAGACCCAUGGCACUAACAAUAGAUUAUGUCAACCACAGACUCUACUGGGCUGAUGAAAAUCACAUUGAAUUUAGUAACAUGGAUGGAUCUCAUAGACACAAAGUCCCUAACCAAGAUAUUCCAGGGGUGAUUGCACUCACAUUGUUUGAAGACUACAUCUACUGGACUGAUGGGAAAACCAAGUCACUCAACCGUGCCCAUAAAACCUCGGGAGCAGACAGACUCUCACUGGUUAGCUCAUGGCAUGUCAUCACAGAUGUCCAGGUGUAUCAUUCUUACAGACAACCUGAUGUCCCCAAACACCUCUGCAUGAUAAAUAAUGGUGGUUGCAGUCACUUGUGCCUGUUAGCACCUGGGAAGACCCACACCUGUGCAUGUCCCACCAACUUCUACCUUGCUGCUGAUAACAGGACUUGUCUAUCUAACUGCACAGCUAGUCAAUUUCGUUGCAAAACUGACAAAUGCAUUCCAUUCUGGUGGAAAUGUGACACUGUGGAUGACUGUGGGGAUGGAUCUGAUGAACCCGAUGACUGUCCUGAGUUUAAAUGUCAGCCUGGCCGUUUUCAGUGUGGAACUGGGCUCUGUGCUUUGCCUGCAUUCAUUUGUGAUGGAGAGAAUGAUUGUGGGGACAAUUCGGAUGAGCUCAACUGUGACACACAUGUUUGCCUGUCGGGUCAGUUCAAGUGUACCAAGAAUCAGAAAUGCAUCCCGGUAAACCUCAGAUGCAAUGGGCAAGAUGACUGUGGGGACGAGGAAGAUGAAAGAGACUGCCCUGAAAACAGCUGUUCUCCAGACUAUUUCCAGUGUAAAACUACCAAACACUGCAUUUCCAAGCUGUGGGUUUGUGACGAGGAUCCAGACUGUGCAGAUGCAUCAGACGAAGCCAACUGCGAUAAAAAGACAUGUGGACCUCAUGAAUUCCAGUGUAAAAACAGCAACUGCAUUCCAGAUCACUGGCGAUGCGAUAGCCAGAAUGACUGCAGCGAUAACUCUGAUGAAGAAAAUUGUAAGCCACAGACCUGUACAUUGAAAGAUUUUCUCUGUGCUAGUGGUGACUGUGUUUCUUCAAGGUUUUGGUGUGACGGAGAUUUUGACUGUGCAGAUGGCUCUGAUGAGAGACAUUGUGAAGUAAGUUGUUCCAAAGAUCAGUUUCAGUGCUCCAAUGGUCAGUGUAUAUCAGCAAAAUGGAAAUGUGAUGGUCAUGAAGACUGUAAAUAUGGUGAAGAUGAGAAAAAUUGUGAGCCAGCUUCUCCCAGUUGCUCAUCAAGUGAAUACAUAUGUACCAGCGGAGGAUGUAUUUCAGCAUCUUUGAAAUGUAAUGGAGAAUAUGAUUGUGCUGAUGGUUCAGAUGAGAUGGGUUGUGUGACUGAAUGUAAGGAAAAUCAGUUUCGAUGCAAAAAUAAAGCCCACUGUAUUCCAGUGCGAUGGCUAUGUGAUGGAAUUCAUGACUGCAUGGAUGGAAGUGAUGAAGAGAUCUGUGACAGAGGAGGAAAUAUAUGUAGAGCUGACGAGUUUCUCUGCAAUAAUUCCCUGUGCAAACUAUACUUCUGGGUCUGUGAUGGACAGGAUGACUGCGGGGACAACUCAGAUGAAGCCCCAGAUAUGUGUGUCAAAUUCCUCUGCCCACCCACAAGACCACACAGAUGCAGAAAUAAUAGAAUAUGCCUGCAAUCAGAGAAAACAUGCAAUGGCGUUGACGACUGUGGAGAUAACUCAGACGAAGAGCACUGUGGUAAGGUUACAUAUAAAGCAAAGCCUUGUAAGAAGGAUGAGUUUACUUGCAGUAAUAAAAAAUGUAUUCCCAUGGAUCUCCAAUGCGAUCGUCUCGAUGACUGUGGAGAUGGUUCAGAUGAGCAAAGCUGCAGAACAACUCCCACUGAAUACACCUGUGAAGAUAAUGUGAAUCCGUGUGGAGAUGAUGCAUAUUGUAAUCAAAUAAAAACAUCUGUUUUCUGUCGCUGUAAACCUGGGUUUCAGAGAAACAUGAAAAACAGACAGUGUGAAGACCUCAAUGAGUGCUUGGUGUUUGGUAUGUGUUCCCAGCAAUGCAUAAAUAUAGAAGGAUCAUAUAAAUGUGUAUGUGACCAGAAUUUCCAAGUGCAAAAUAAUACCUGCAUAGCAAAAGGCUCUGAAGAUCAAGUUCUCUACAUUGCUAAUGACACUGAUAUCCUGGGUUUUAUAUAUCCAUUCAACUACAGUGGCAAUCAUCAACAGAUUUCUCAUAUUGAACAUAAUUCAAGGAUAACAGGGAUGGAUGUAUAUUUUCAAAGAGAUAUGAUUAUUUGGAGUACUCAGUUUAAUCCAGGCGGAAUUUUCUACAAAAUGAUCCAUGGUAGAGAAAAAAGGGAAGCGAACAGUGGCUUGAUUUGUCCUGAAUUUAAAAGACCCAGGGAUAUCGCAGUAGACUGGGUUGCUGGGAAUAUUUAUUGGACUGAUCAUUCCAGAAUGCAUUGGUUCAGUUACUACACGACACCCUGGGCAAAUCUGAGGUACUCAGUCAAUGUGGGGCAGCUGAAUGGCUCUAAUUGUACCCGUCUUCUCACCAACAUGGCUGGAGAGCCCUAUGCCAUUGCUGUGCAUCCUAAAAGAGGGAUGAUGUACUGGACUGUCAUUGGGGACCACUCCCACAUAGAGGAAGCUGCCAUGGAUGGCACUCUGAGAAGGAUUUUAGUACAAAAGAAUUUACAAAGACCUACAGGUCUGGCUGUGGAUCAUCUUACUGAGCGCAUAUACUGGGCUGAUGUUGAGCUGUCCAUUAUUGGAAGUGUUCUUUAUGAUGGCUCCAAUUCAAUAGUCUCUGUCAGCAGCAAACAAGGUUUGUUGCACCCGCAUAGGAUUGAUAUCUUUGAAGAUUAUAUAUAUGGAGCAGGACCAAAAAAUGGUGUAUUUCGAGUACAAAAAUUUGGCCAUGGUUCAGUACAAUACCUAGCUUUGCAUGUUGAUAAAACAAAAGGUGUUUUAAUAUCUCAUCGCUAUAAACAACUAGACUUACCUAAUCCUUGCUUGGAUUUAGCCUGUGAAUUUCUCUGCUUGCUUAAUCCUUUUGGGGCCACUUGUGUGUGCCCAGAGGGAAAAUAUUUGACUAAUGGAAGCUGUAGUGAUGAGAAUGUUUUAGACGAUUCUUGCAAACUGACUUGUGAAAAUGGAGGGCGGUGCAUUUUGAAUGAGAAGGGUGAUGUGAGGUGUCACUGCUGGCCUAGUUAUUCAGGAGAACGAUGUGAAGUCAACCACUGUAGCAACUACUGUCAGAAUGGAGGAACUUGUACACCAUCAGUUCUGGGGAGACCCACCUGCAGCUGCGCCCUGGGAUUUACUGGGCCAAACUGUGGUAAGACAGUCUGCGAGGAUUUUUGUCAAAAUGGAGGCACCUGCAUCGUGACUGCUGGGAACCAGCCUUACUGCCAUUGCCAGGCUGAAUACACGGGAGACAGAUGUCAGUACUAUGUAUGCCAUCAUUAUUGUGUGAAUUCCGAAUCAUGCACCAUUGGUGAUGAUGGAAGUGUGGAAUGCGUCUGUCCAACACGCUAUGAAGGACAAAAAUGUGAGGUGGAUAAGUGUGCAAGGUGCCAUGGGGGUCACUGCAUUAUAAAUAAAGACAAUGAAGAUAUAGUUUGCAACUGUACUAAUGGGAAGAUCUCCUCUAGUUGUCAGUUAUGUGAUGGCUACUGUUACAAUGGUGGCACUUGUCAGCUGGACCCUGAGACAAGCGUACCUGUGUGUCUAUGCUCUGUGGGGUUUAAAAAUCAGCGCUGUGACCAGAAAGAGAACCCUUGUGAUCACUACUGUCAGAAUGAGGGGAUUUGCACUUUAACUGCGUUUAAUGAGCCGAGAUGCAAAUGUUCUACCAACUGGUCAGGCACACAGUGUGAGAGGCCAGCACCUAAAAGCAGCAAGUCAGACCAUAUCAGCACAAGAAGCAUUGCCAUCAUUGUGCCUCUUGUCCUCUUGGUGACUUUGAUAACUACCUUAGUAAUUGGCUUAGUGCUGUGCAAGAGAAAAAGAAGGACAAAAACAAUUAGAAGGCAGCCUAUUAUCAAUGGAGGAAUAAAUGUAGAAAUUGGCAACCCAUCUUAUAGCAUGUAUGAGGUGGAUCAUGACCACAACGAUGGAACUCUUUUGGAUCCUGGCUUUAUGGUAGAUCCAACAAAGGCCAGAUACAUAGGGGGCGGGCCCAGUGCAUUCAAGCUUUCACACACAGCGCCUCCCAUCUACCUAAACUCUGAUUUGAAAGGACCACUAACUGCUGGGCCAACAAAUUACUCCAACCCAGUGUAUGCAAAAUUGUAUAUGGAUGGACAAAACUGUCGAAAUUCCUUAGGAAGUGUGGAUGAACGCAAAGAACUGCUUCCAAAGAAAAUAGAAAUUGGUAUAAGAGAGACAGUGGCAUAAUCAGUGAUAUCUUUUAUAUGCUGUAUAAAUGUAUAAAAUAUAAGGAUUACUUUUGUAUGUUCCAACAGUAUUAUACUUGCUUUGGCAUCAGCAUUACCUCUUUGUUUAUCUUUUACUUGGUUAAUUGUUUUCUGAGUAUUUUGGUUUUAAUCUUUGCUGAUGACUAUUGAUUGACCAUUUGUAUGGUAUUUUUAUGAAAAAGAACUGCACUACAGUACAAUUUCCAAUUUGCUGCUGAUAUGACAACCUUCAAAUUUGUUAAAGUUAAAAAUGACAUAAUCUUUGUAGUGUGAAUAUGAGCAAUCUAUUUUAUAUGAACUUUUUUGGUUCUACUUAAUCAACAAAAUAAUCUCUGCACUUUUUAAUUACGUGAUCUAAAAGCUGUAAUACCAUGUAAUUUUGUUUUUCUUUUUAAAUUGAUGGAUAACAACUGAAUGGACAACUCUCUUCUUUGUGAAAAUGAACACUGACUUUGCUGAAAAUAUGUAACCCUCACAAGUUCACUGUCACCUGCUUUGAAAUUAGCCUUAGGUUGCAAAGUGAUACAUAAAAAUUUUGAAGUAAAAAGUUAAAAAUAUAUAAAAUUAGUACUAUGCAUGAACAAAGAUCACUACCAUUUUCCAAAACUUAGUGAACUCCGUGAUAUACUAAAAUUACACAUCCUGUAAGCAAUAGCUAUAUUUCGGUGGUAGAACAUAGCAAAAAUAUAACUAGAAAUUGAUAGAUCACUCUUAUAUGGCAUAAGAACUCUUCUCCCUCAGUCCCGAGGUACAUAGCCAGCCUACAGCACAACAGGGCAUUGGGUACUCGUGUCUUAGGUAUUUCUUCCCAAUUAUAUGACUUUUGUGGAAGAUUAGCCCAACCCCUUACCACACUAACAUUAAGGAAUAACAUAAGCACACAAAUUGAGGACAGAAUUUUAAUUAUGCAAAUGCUCUCUCUGUGCUCAGUCCAAAAGAAGAGGUGAAAUGUCCAUUUUGGUAUAAAGUGAUUGGUGAUCAUUUUCAAAUAAAAAAUGACUGACCAUUAUUUGCCCUAUUUGAAAUACAUUCUUCAGUAAUCUUCCACAUUGUAGAAGAACAAAUAUCUGCCCGUAUUCAAAGGUGGAGAGUAUAAAUGCUGUACCAGUUGCUCUGGUACUUGGUUUUCCUUUUGGUUUUACAAAAUAGAUGAUGCCCAUUUGUUUUUGUUUGUUUUCAAAUUUUGAUUGAAAAUACGAUUUAUUUAAGUUGUAUAAAAAGGAUAGCAUUUUUAUACAAAUAUCUUUAAAGGCACAAAAGAUUUAUUCUCAAGUUGUAGAGGGCUUUUUGUUCCUCUGAUAGACAUGACUGACUUUUAACUGUCAUAAUGUAUUAACCUAACAGAUGAAAUAUGUUUGUGGUUGCUCUUUAUCCCUUUGUACAAGCAUUAAAAAAAACUGCUGUUUUAUAAGGA